GCAAAGCCUCCUCUCACCCCACCUCGCUACAACAGAAGCCUUUGUGACCAUGUCUGCCAGAGCUGUGAAGACCACCACCUUCUCCACCUUGUGUACAUCCAAGGGGCCGAGUCAGGGCUUCAGCAGCCGCUCCUUCUCUGGCUACGGUGGCCGAGGUGUGGGUUCUGCCAGGCAAAGCUGUGCAGUCCGCAGAUCUUACGGUGGAGUGGGUAGGAGUGGUGCCGCCGUUGGCGCUGGGGGCUUCGAGGUGGUUGGUGGGUAUGUUGCUGGGGGGUCAGCCCAAAGAGCAGGUGGACUAGAGUUUGGCUAUGUGGGAUUUGGUGGAGGCAUGGGUGGCGGUAUGGCCCAAGAAGUGGUGGCCCCCAUCACAGAAGUGACCGUGAACAAGAGCCUGCUGGCCCCCUUGAACCUGGACAUUGACCCCACCAUCCAGUCUGUCCGCAUCCAGGAGAAGGAGCAGAUCAAGACCCUCAACAACCGUUUCGCUUCCUUCAUUGACAAGGUACGCUUCCUGGAACAGCAGAAUACAAUGCUUGAGACCAAAUGGAAACUUUUGCAGGAGCAAACCCCAACAUGCUCCAGUAUUGAUGCCAUGUUUGAAGCCUACAUCGCCAAUCUGCGCAAGCAGCUGGACAACUUGGGCCAUGAAAAGGUCAAACUGGAAUCUGACCUGCAUCACAUGUCAGGUCUGGUUGAGGACAUCAAGAGCAAGUACGAGGAUGAGAUCAACAAGCGCAAUGAAUGUGAGAACAACUUUGUCCUCGUGAAGAAGGACACAGAUGCGGCGUACUUGACCAAAGCAGAAUUGGAGGCCAAACUUGACGGGCUGUCUGACGAGCUUGACUUCUUGAGGCAGAUCUUUGAUGCUGAAAUCCAUGAGCUACAGAGUCAGAUCAAGGACACAUCCGUUGUCGUGGAGAUGGACAACAGCCGUAACCUCGACAUGGAUGCCAUCGUUGCUGAAGUGCGAGCCCAGUAUGAAGACAUCGCCAAUCGAAGCAGAGCUGAGGCUGAAUCAUGGUACCAGAACAAGUUUGCAGAGAUGCAGCAGUCUGCUGGUAAAUACUGCGAAGACCUGAAGUUAACCAAGGCGGAGAUGGCUGACAUGAACCGCAGAAUAAUGAGGCUCCAGUCUGAAAUCGACAUGGUUAAAACACAGAGAAAUAAUUUGGAGGCCCAGAUCGCUGAGGUUGAGGAGCGCGGCGAGCUGGCAGUGAAGGAUGCGAGACUUCGCAUCAGAGAUCUGGAGCAGGCUCUUCAGAGGGCAAAGCAGGACAUGGCCCUGCAGGUCCGCCAGUACCAGGAACUGAUGAACGUGAAGCUUGCACUGGACAUUGAGAUUGCUACCUACAGGAAACUUCUUGAGGGAGAGGAGGACAGGUUGGCAACUGGAAUCAAGACUAAUGUGUCCAAGCUGACAUCUGUAAACUACAACGCUUAUGGCCUGGAGAGCUCUCGUACCCCGUCCUACAUCAGCUGCUCAUUUGGCGCCGUCAAGGCGAGCGGUGGUUCCGUUUCUGGCCCCGAGACUGCAGCAGUGAAGAGCACCAUUACCGGCACCGAAGCAGAAACUGUGGUGAGCACCAGUGAAGAGAAGAAGGAGGUGGAGGGGCCCGCUGCCACUGAGGCCGCUACUGUUGUGGAGCAGGUGGAGGCUGAAGUUGUGACUGAGUGAUCUCCUGACACCCCAAUGUCGUGGAAUUUGACAAGAAAAAUCACACCAUUACUUUAAGGUUAACAAGGUGUCUGCGUUUGCUCUUUCUGUUAAGGAUCUGUGAUCAACCAGUGGGAAAACCCAUAGAUCACUCCCAAUUGUAAGCUUCAGUCACUGUCAGUUCUGAUAUCAUGACAGUACAACAUCUGGCCACUAGAUGACUCUGUGGCAUAAGUUUUCAAUA